GCGUUAUCUGCUGUGGUCAGAACUGCCUCCCUACCUGGCUACCCUGGAUCUACUUAGGGGAAACGGAGGCUAGAAAGCCACGAUCUCUCUCCUACCCUUGAAUUUCCCUUGUUAAGCAGAGGCUAAACAACAAAGCGAAAGUUCCGUGUCCCGGGGCGUCUGCCUCACCCCGCUGGCCCACAGAUCAUUUCCCAGAGCCCCUGGCCCCAUCCCCUCUGGAAGCACCUCAGAGCGUGAGAAAGUGCCUCCUUCUUCUCUGGAGCAGGACCUCUGCCAUCCAGCGCCACAAAGACACAUUCUACACACGGACACACACAUACAAACACACUCAUGCGCGCGCGCACACACACCCUUGCCCAGAGACAAACUUAAGGUGAGGGGAAAGAGCUUUGGCUCCACUGGAUCUCCAGGCUCCAACUUCAGCAGGACUUGGGAGCAUCUGAACUUCUGGAUUUCGGGACAAGUGAAGAAGAUUCUUGGGGCUAUAAAGAUGAAGAGCCUACUCCUUCUGGUGCUGAUCUCCAUCUGCUGGGCUGAUCAUCCUUCAGACAACUACACUCUAGAUCAUGGCAGAGUUAUUCACAUCCAAGCAGAAAAUGGCCCCCAUCUACUUGUGGAAGCAGAACAAGCCAAGGUGUUCUCACACAGAGGUGGCAAUAUUACACUGCCAUGUAAAUUUUUUCGAGACCCUACGGCAUUCGGCUCAGGAACCCACAAAAUCCGAAUUAAGUGGACCAAGCUAACUUCAGAUUACCUCAAGGAAGUGGACGUUUUUGUUUCCAUGGGAUACCACAAGAAAGCCUAUGGAGGCUACCAGGGGAGAGUGUUUCUGAAAGGAGGCAGUGAUAAUGAUGCUUCCCUGGUGAUCACAGACCUCACCCUGGAGGAUUAUGGGAAAUAUAAGUGUGAGGUGAUUGAAGGAUUAGAAGAUGAUACUGCUGUGGUAUCAUUAGAUUUACAAGGUGUGGUAUUCCCUUACUUUCCACGACUGGGGCGCUAUAAUCUCAAUUUUCAUGAGGCACAGCAGGCUUGUCUGGACCAGGAUGCUGUAAUUGCCUCCUUCGACCAGCUGUAUGAUGCCUGGCGGGGUGGGCUGGACUGGUGCAACGCUGGCUGGCUCAGCGAUGGCUCAGUGCAAUACCCCAUCACCAAGCCCAGGGAGCCCUGCGGAGGCCAGAACACCGUGCCCGGUGUCAGGAACUAUGGGUUUUGGGAUAAAGAUAAAAGCAGAUAUGAUGUGUUCUGCUUUACAUCCAACUUCAAUGGCCGCUUUUACUACCUGAUCCACCCCACCAAGCUGACCUACGACGAAGCGGUGCAAGCUUGUCUCAACGAUGGUGCUCGGAUUGCCAAAGUGGGCCAGAUAUUCGCUGCCUGGAAGCUCCUGGGAUAUGACCGCUGCGAUGCGGGCUGGUUGGAGGAUGGCAGUGUCCGCUACCCUAUCUCUCGGCCACGAAGGCGCUGCAGUCCUACCGAGGCCGCGGUGCGCUUCGCCGGCUUCCCAGAUAAAAAGCAUAAGCUGUACGGUGUCUACUGCUUCAGAGCAUACAACUGAGCGUGCCCUGGAGCACGUCGGGUUUAAAGUCAUUCAGAACAUGUGAAAGGUGUUUUGUUUUUUUUCCGUAUGAACUCAUGCAAGUUACCAAAACUGUGAUAACCCUUUUUUUACUUACUGUAAAGAGUCAUUUUCAUAAAGACCAAUUCAUUAAUUUGUUUUUGUAAAGCUAUCAUUCAAUAUAUAUUGUAAAUUAAUAUAAUUUUAAGGGAAGUCCCACAUAAGGAGGCUUUUGAGCCAAACCCUUUAGGCUAUAUCAUCCCAAGGAAGCAUCCUUUCAUGGGCGGGGCAUGCAAUAAUUUGAGGAUUGCUAGGGUUAAGUUAAGGAAAGGAAAGUUACCCGGAGCAGCAGCUUCCACAAGCACAAAUUUUACACAUUUGUACGAUUUUGAAAUGCACAAGAAACAAGUUAGAGCAGCAGAUUUGACAUAAGGCUUCUUUACAUAAACUGAGAUUCUGAGAGGUGGCACAAAACUCAGUCUCACAGGGGAAUAAUCUACACUUUUCUAAAAGUUCCUAUUGCAAGUCUCCAGUAGAAUAUUUUACUCUUGAAACAUCCUGCCUUUUGACCAAAAAAAAAAAAAAAAGAAGAAGAAGAAGAAGAAUUCAUAUGGACUCCAAUGCAUAGUAAAAAGCACAGUUAAAAUUCCUUAAUAACCCCGUUUAUAUGAAGUAUGAAAUUUAAAUAAGCAGAUAUUUAACCCAUGAGAGACUCCACCUUCUUCUAAUUAAAAUUACACACACCUAAGAAGAAUUGCGUUAUCUUUUGAGUAGCUUUACUGAGUUACAUUUAAAUUCUAAGGGUCGUUGGCUAAGCAGCAUUUCGCAUCUACUCAGGGCAGUUAUAUAGAUAAACUGCUGGACAGAAAAAUUGUAAAAUUUAGCAGCUUGAUUUUAUGUUAGCCUAUGAAAUGUUAUUGUCCUAUAAAAAGAACUUUAAACUAUUUAAUAUUUUCUUCUUAUUUACAUUACAUUAAAACAUUUAACUCAUAAAAGGAAUGAAUAACUGCACACUUUCCUAACCAAGAAAUAAGGACCCAACUUUCAAAAUUCUUUUUUAUUAUUAUUAUUAUUUGUAUGUACAUUAGAAAGCCCAACUGGUGCCUGUGGUUGGGGGGAAAAUGUCAACCCAGUAGUUCUAAACCUUCCUCCAUAAGAAAAUGUGGUCCAUGAUAUCACUUUCCCUGCUGGUCAUCAUUAGGUGUAAAUGAAACACUGAACCUGUCAUCAUAGAGUUUACACUAAAAUCAUCAGGGCUGUAAGGGAAAAGGUAAGGCCAGCUUCAGAAAAACAACUUUUGCAUUAGCGGCUCCAAUCUUAAAUAAAGCUCUGUUUUCCUAUAUUUUUAUGACUGUUGAGACCCCACAGGGACCAAUAUUUGUAUUCAAAUUACAUUUUAUGGUUUCCCAUUGUUUCACAAUGAGUUCUAAUAAAUGGGAUUUAGUAUCAUAACCCAAGUAUGACAUAGCUGGUGUGCUUUCAUGAAUGUUUUUAUGUAGAUUUUCUUCCCGUGAACAUGAGUUAAUAAAUCUGUUUCCUGAAUUGAUUGUGGUUGCAUUUAAAGCUCUGUAAUAAUUCUAAUAAAUGUACUCUCUAAAUGUAGAGUUACAUGUGUGGAAGAUACAGAACAAUUGGGAGUCAAUAAAACCAUAACUAUACUUACAUUAUCUAGAUAAAAUGUUGUACAUAAAAGUAAAUCACUUCUUUUAUCAAAAGCAUAGCUGGAAAUUUUCAGAUGCUUUAAUAUUAAAAGAUGACAGUAUAUGCAUGCUCAGUUUUACAUUAGGUUGGAUAUGCAAAUUGUGCAAAAAUUACAAAUAUAAAUCCAAAGAGUUUGUGAGGUUUAACUCAAACAUUGCUGAUAUAAAUAGAACUUGAACUUUUAAAUUAAAAAUAUCUGAAUGGUCUAAGAUGAAUAUGUUAUUUAAAGAUGGGACUAUCUCCAAAAGAGUGAUUCUAACAGCUCAACUAUGGGGGUGAGCUCACUGGAGAAAGCCCAUACUUGAAUGAUUAUUACCCAUGUUAUAAGAUUUUUAUUGGAAAUGCAAGUAAGAACAAAUUUAUAUUGAAGAAGAUAUAUAAUGUUCAGUUAAUUGCUGCAAAGCUCUACCUUUAUAAUGUUAAGCAUAGUAGCUACCAUUUCUUAACUUUUGAAUACUUACUAGUAUAGAAACUGGUGCUGAUCAAAAACUCUGGACUGACUUUUAGCUGAUUAAAAUCUAAAUUGAUAGCACACCAUUUUUCUAAGCUUGUAAAAAAAAAUAAAUACUGCCGGGCAGAAUUUUUAUCUUCUUAUUUCUCCUAAAGGAUGAGGAUCUCCUUACCCUUUUGGACUUCUACUUGAAUAGUUCUUGGUUGUUUUUUUAAUGUUAUCAUUUUCCAUUUUUCCACCAAAUGUCUAUUUUCCUACUUCAUUCCCCAAUAUAUCACUGAGAAUAUUGAAAAAAAAAGGUUAUCCUAAUACCUUUCUGAACUGAAAGUCAGUACAACAUUGACUAAUUCAGAAAUUGCUCCUCAGACUUGGGUUCCAAGGCUAUCAGAGAAAUAAGAUGGGACUCAGGGUUAGAAAAUCUUGCUUGGAUCAUUUUGUCCAUAAUUCACACUUAUAGCCCAUAUAAGCAACAAAGUUUAUCUGCAAGUUUUACUGGGAGACCUACAUUUGAAAACCAAACAAUAAGGAUUCAUAUAAAAAGACAAUAGGAAUGGAAGCAAGUUAAUCACAUUAACACUGGAAGCCAUCUUUUAAUGACUGCUGCCAGAUUUUAGCACAGUAAUUUUUAGUCAAAUAUGGUAUUUGUAAAUUUAAACUUUUUCGCAUAGGAAGGGGGCCGGUACCUGGUAAAGUUUUAUUUUAUGCAAUAAUGUAGCCGCUUAUUAUUUUGGCAAUUAAAAGUAGACUCAAAGGAGAUUCCAAUUUGGUUGCUGGCAGCCAUACUGGGUUUCUGGAUUCAGUGCUCCAAAGAAUAUGGUGGUCUUAUGGAGUAGCUGACCACUAGGAGGGGAGGAUUAAAAGGGAAUUACUAUCAGUUCUCAGCAUAGAAUGCAUCAAGAAUGAUCAAUGGAUAACUGACAGUUUUGUUGAGAAGUUAACUGUAUCACAGCUCACUACUGCCAGAGCAGCAAUGAUGUACAACAAGAGAAAUAAAAAAUACAAAAAGUCAGCAAGGCACCUGGUUAAAGAAAAUCAGUAUUUAAAGGCAUUUAAUACCUACUGAGUACAAAUCCAAGGAAAAGAACCAAUCUGUAUUAUAAAAAUAAUGUUUUCAUUUUCUGUAAGAUACAAUGAACUGGUAAACAAACAUUAAAAGACAAUUUUGUGUUAA